AUGUUCACCGCCCGUGGGCCCUGGUGUUCGGACGUCAUGCGGAGAGCUCCAGCCACGCCCCUCGCCAACCCGGCAAUUGAAGACACGCCGAUGUUGUCAGCAUUCACCGCGCGGCCUCUGGUCGAGCUCAAGCCGCGCGACAAGUCUCGCAUCGACUCAGUUCUCGCAUACGGCGAUCGUCUCCUCGCCGGCCUCAACAAUGGCAACCUCCGCAUCUACCGCGUUGACGAAGGCCGUACCGAGCUCCUCCGCGAACUGGAACGUUUUUCCCGCUACAAAAUCGAGCAGCUGGCUUUGAUUAAAGAAGCCAAUAUACUAGUCUCACUCGCCGGUGGCUAUGUCUCACUCCACGACGCCCAGACUUACGAUCUGGUUGAACAGCUCUCCCAGACAAAAGGUGCUUCCGCAUUCGCCAUCACGUCCAAUGUUGUCAAUGACCCCGAUACCAAUGUCCCGGCGAUCGUCUCUAGGUUGGCGGUCGCGGUCAAGAGGAAGAUAUUCAUGUGGGCGUGGCGGGAUAUGGAGCUGGAGCGAGAUACCGUGGAGCUGAGUCUGACUAGCGGUGUCAAAACCCUUACUUGGGUUGCAGCUACCAGGCUAGUUGUUGGGUUGAACUCGAGCUUUGUCAUGGUCAAUGUGGAGAACGGACAAGUGACGGAUCUGGCGGGGCCUGGAAGUAUCGAGGAGUCUGGUCGCUUUACUGGUGUCGGUGCGGCGAGUAUGAGCUAUAUCGGCAUGGGUGGAAUGGUGCCGCGACCACUUGCUACUAGGCUGCGAGAGGGCCAUAUUCUCUUAGCCAAGGACAUCAACACGACUUUCAUCGACGUUGAUGGUCAACCGCUGGGAAGGAAGCAGGUUCCUUGGAGUCAUGCGCCUGUGGAGUUGGGAUACUCAUACCCGUUCCUUUUGGCUUUGCAUGAUUCUGCGAAAGGAGUGUUGGAGGUACGGAACCCGGAAACUCUGUCAUUACUGCAGUCUAUUCCGCUACCCUCGGCGAGCAUCUUGCACAUUCCGCAGCCGAACAUCAGUCUCGCGCACGCCGGGAAGGGCUUCCUGGUGGCGAGCGAUCGCACCAUUUGGCGGAUGGAGGCUUUGAGUUACGACACACAGAUCGAUGCAUUGGUGGAGAAGGGCUAUUUGGACGAGGCUAUCAGCCUGCUUGGCAUGCUGGAGGAUGCAUUGCUCCGAGACAAGUCUGGUCGGCUGCGCUCGACCAAGCUGGAGAAAGCCCAGAGCUUGUUCGCCUUGAGCAAGUACCGUGACUCUUUGGAUCUGUUCACAGAAGUGUCCGCCCCUCCCGAGAGUGUCAUUCGUCUCUACCCACGAUUGAUUGCGGGCGAUCUCUCUGCGGUCUCAGAGCCUGAAGCUCCAAGUGGAAAAGCGAAUGGCGAUCAAAGUGACGGGUCAUCUGAUGAUGCUGCACCUGGCCAGACAUCCACUAACGCACCCUCCAUUAUAUCUUCGUUGCGAAAACCCGACGAAGGCAGCGAAUCCAGUAGUACCCGGGGUGAUGAGAAAGGGUUGAGAAUCGCCGUGCGCGAGCUACAGGGGUACCUGGCCGAUGUGCGCCGACGUUUCCAGCGCUUCCUCAACCCCGAUGGCUCUCUUAAAGCAACCGCGACUACCGAGGCCAAGGAUGAAGCAAGUGAUUCCGUUCUCAAACUGCUGGAUUUCCCAUCUACUGAAGAGUUUUCCACUCAAAUUCGCGAGAAGGCUCGAAUGGUUGACACUACUCUCUUCCGCGCGCACAUGUUUGCGACUCCAUCCCUCGCCGGUUCCCUUUUCCGUAUCGCCAACUUUUGUGAUCCAGAAGUGGUGAUGGAAAGGCUAGAAGAAACGGGCAGAUACAAUGAUCUCAUUGAUUUCCUAUAUGGCAAGAAGUUGCAUCGCCAAGCCCUUGAGCUCCUCAAGCGCUUUGGCCAGACAGACAAUGGCCCGCUGAGCGGUCCUACGCGCACAAUCGCCUAUCUUCAAAACCUGCCCCCAGACCAGAUUGAUCUGAUAAUUGAAUUUGGCGAAUGGCCCUUGCGUGCGAAUCACGAGCUAGGACUGGAGAUUUUCCUCACUGACACCGAAAAUGCGGAGACACUACCUCGCUCGACAGUCUUAGAGUUCCUCGAAACCAUUGAUGUCACCCUUGCCAUUCAGUAUCUCGAACAUGUCAUCAACGAAUGGAACGAUUUGACACCAGACGUUCAUCAGCGAUUACUUGUCUUGUACCUAGACCAGCUCGUUUCGAACCAAGGGGAUUGGAGAGACAAGUUCCUCACCAUGUUGAAGGAGAGCGAGCAGUACUCCCCCGCAAAGAUGCUAGACCGACUGGAUCGAGAGGAUCCGAACUUCUACGAAGCCCGAGCUAUCCUAUUCAGCAAAAUGGGCCAGCACCGGCAAGCACUCGAAAUCUACGUCUUCAAGCUGGAGAACCACGAAAAAGCUGAAGAAUACUGCAAUCACGUCCACCUUUCCGAAAAGCCAGAAGAAGAAAACACGAUCUACCUAACCCUCCUUUCUCUAUACCUCUCCCCGCCACACGGAUACACCCCCCAGAACGACCCUGCCAUUGAUCUCCUCGCCAAACAUGGCUCCCGACUCCCCGCCGAUGCAGCCCUUAAACUAAUCCCCGACCAACAAGCCGUGCAAAAACUCGAGUUCUACUUCAAAGGCCGUAUGCGUGCCGCGAACUCCGUGUUCAAUGAAGCGCGCAUUGUCGCGAACCUCCGCAAAACAAGAGACAUGCAAAUCCAGGCUCAACUGGCACUUGGGGACGGCGUCAAGGGUGGCGGCACACGUGCGAGACAUGUCACUGUGACUGAGGAACGAAUUUGCGGGGUUUGUCAUAAACGGCUCGGUGGGAGUGUUAUCAACGUUUUCCCAGAGUAUGUCUACCCCACCUCUGCGAUGGCUCUUGCUGACUUUCUAGUAACACCGUUGUUCAUUUGGGUUGUGCAAAUCGGAGAUCCAGUGCCGUUCGGUAAUGCGUGGUUUCGUGUUUUGUUUAUGUUUCGGUUCGCCUCUUUUCUGUCACUGUCGACUUUGAUACCCAUAGCAUAUAUUUUUUUUCCAGCUCUUGUUCAUGCUCAUGCUUCCUCAACGACCUCUUCGCCGUAAUUCGCUUCCUCCUUGGCUUCUUGGGCAGAGGUUUGCCCUGCUUUUUUGUCUUCCUCCAUGCGUU